UUGCAGGAGUGCUAGCGAUUCUUCUUUGUUUAAGCAGUGGCUGAAGAACACCCAGAGUGAAAAUGGGAUUUUACACGGCGGUUCCAUGUCUCUUACAUGAGUUCUAAUUCAGGAGUGGAUAUGUUCGGGAAGCACAUCGGUUUUCUGAAAUUCCAAGCAGAUGUAUUUGAUAAACAAACAGGGAAAAAGUUCCAGGUAUUGUGUUUGCACGAGGAGCAGCUGUAGCUGUGCUUAUCCUUUUGAAGUCAGAGGAGAUGACGUAUGCUGUUCUUACUGAGCAGAAAUGAUUACAUUUUAUUUCCAUCUAUUCAAACCCUGUGGGAAGGAUUAUAUUGGACUUGCCUGAUGGAUUGUUGGAUGUUGACAAGGGUGAUUUUCUUGGAGCUGCAAUCCGUGAGUUAAUUAAAUAUGAUGUAUAGAGGAUGGAGUGAGGUGGUGGAGUGAUGGACUUCACCAAGCAGUUUAAGCAAAAGAAGUUAUGUCGAUUCAAAACGAAACUGUAACUCUGGCAUCUAUUAGCUACCAAAACUUCUUUCUCCAGGUUCACAACUAGAGCAGGAGAGAGACCUGAGGGUGCAGCAGCUAAACAUAAGAGAAAGCACUCAAAGCAGGCUUCAUCAAACUUUGAACAGACCUCUAGUAUAGAUGGUUCAAAUGUUGACCAUGAGAGAGACCUGGAAGAUGCAAAGGAUAGAUCUAAGAGAAAGAUGGUUCCUACAAUUCAUGACUGCAAGCAGUCUCCUUGCAUUCCAUCUGGUUCAGUCUCGCUUUCUCAAGGAUCUCUCACAAUUCGAACUCCAAUUUCCCGAUCGGGUUCAGUGAGGGUGAAUGGGAAAGAGAUAAGUUACAGUGAGUUUUUGGAGAGGUACAUGAGCUACCACCCCUCAAUAGCUAGCGUUUAUUGAUGUCGCAAAAGGAGUCGCAUGUUUUCAAAGUUGAAGGCAGAAACCUUGAUUACAUUUAUCUGGCAGCUAUCUGCGUCUGGAGAUAGUGGAGUACCUGAAGUGGUAGCUGAUCCUCUAGGUGAAGUUUCGAGGACAUUUCAGGAGCUUGGAAUAUGUGUUGUGCAACAAUGUGCUAAGAUUCGCCAACAAGUCUCAGCAGCAGUGACCUAUGAUAAAUCUAUCAAGGCAAUAAGAGUGAGGGUACCAGAUUCAGAUGAUGAAUUUCUUCUCCAUCCUGCAACUGUGAGACGGAAUGACCGCUCUGCCCAAAGUGUGGAGUCUGGAAUUGUUGUGCGUCUUUGUGAUGUUGGUGCUGCAAUCCAAGAAGUGAUGGAAUCAUAUGAGGUUGAAAUAAAUGGGAAGGUGUAUCAAGGGUUAGCAUUCUCUUGUUAUUUUGAUCCUUGACAUUUCCUUUUGCUGGUCUUCCCCUUCCAAUUUCCUGGUGAAGUGAGAAUUCAGAAUUUAAUUUUUUUUUUUCAUUUGCUUUCUAUAAAUGAUCUGUGAAACACCAUUAAUGGAGUACUAAGGACAAAAACCAAGAGUGGAGUGCUAAGGUAAUAAGUAACUAAUCUCUUGUAAUAGUGAUUUAUUGGAUUAAUCUAUUGUGAUCUAUAACUAAGCUUCUGUCCUUGUUGUUCUUACAGUGAGAAAGAAAAGCAAAUUGCUAUUACACAGUUGAGAAUGCUGGUGUUGUCCUGGCAGAGUGGGCGAAGUAUGUUCUUAAGUUCAAAGAUAACUAGUGUGUAGGUUAAUUAGUAGUUGGGGAUAUGUAGCAUCAACGUUUGGACAUGCAUAGUUUAUAUAUAUAUAUUUGCCAGAUCUUGAUUGCAGUACUGCUAGCUAUUUUGGUAUGUUGUCUAGUGCUUCUGGAUUAUUAGCAAGCAGUGCUGCAUGCAUAUAUUUUGAUGGCUGCCCAGAUUAGUAGAUAUGGGUCUUUUAUAACUGAUGCUCCUGAUUAGGUUUGUGUACAUGAGACAAUGGUGAAUUAAUGGAAAUUGCAAUGAAUGAUUUUAGAUGUGAAUUUUAUGGUUUCAGGA